GUUCAACGAGCUCCGUUGCUAAAAGUGGCAAUGGAAAGUCGGAAAUUCGAAGUGAUAAAUAUCAACACCAUGGCAGCGUCGGGUUGACUGCUUUUUUCUUUUCUCCUUUUUGAGAGGUCAUGUUCUGAAACCGUCGGGCCAUCAUAAUGUACGUCCCUACUUCGAAACUCUUUGCCACCAGCCUUCUGGCUCUCACGGCGGCCGCCGCCCCUGCGUGCCCGACCCAGCCCAGCAACUCAGAGUUCGUCACAGUUGAGGGAGACAAGUUCAAGUUUUCGGGAAAGGAUUUUCACUUCGCUGGCAGCAACGCUUACUACUUCCCCUUCAAUGGAAACCAGCAAGACAUUGAAAAUGGCUUGACGGCAGCCAAGGACGCGGGCCUCACAGUGUUCCGUACUUGGGGAUUCAAUGACAAGAACAGCACCUACGUCCCCGGUGGCUUGCCCGAUUACGGCGGUGAGGGCGCAGGGCCCUCUGAGGUUGUGUUCCAGUGGUGGCACCCCAAUGGCACCUCCACGAUCAAUCUUGGCGGCUUUGACAAAGUCGUAGAUGCUGCCGACAAGGUCGGCAUCAAGCUUCUGGUUGCGCUGACCAACAACUGGGCCGACUAUGGUGGCAUGGACGUCUAUACCGUCAACCUGGGGGGCCAGUAUCACGACGAUUUUUACACUGCUCCCAAGAUCAAGGACGCAUACAAGCGUUACGUCAAGGAGAUGGUCACUCGCUACAAGGACUCGCCGGCCAUCUUCGCGUGGGAACUCGGUAACGAGCCCCGUUGCGGCGCCGAUGGGGUGCGCAACCUGCCGCCCAGCGACAACUGCACACCGGAGAUCCUUUCGUCUUGGGUUUCCGAGAUGAGCGCAUACAUCAAGGAGCUCGACAGCAACCAUCUCGUGACCUGGGGCGGCGAGGGUGGCUUCAACCGCGAGUCCGACGACUGGGCUUACAAUGGCUCCGACGGUGGCGACUUUGACCACGAGCUCUCCCUCGAUACCAUUGACUUUGGCGUCUUCCACUCCUAUCCCGACUGGUGGACCAAGACAGUCGAGUGGACAGACCAGUGGAUCCGUGACCAUGCCGCCGCGGGCAGGGAGAUUGGAAAGCCCGUUGUGCACGAAGAGUACGGCUGGUUGACGCCCGACAAGCGCCUCGAGUACACCGGCAAGGUCGACAACCGGUCCCGGGUCGAGGUGCUCGGUGGCUGGCAAAAGACAACCGUUGCUGAGAAGCUGGGUGGCAGCAUGUACUGGCAAUACGGUUUCUCGGAUUACUCCUACGGCCGGAACCAUGAUGAUGGGUUCACCAUCUACAUGGAUGACGAGGAGGCGCAGACGCUGGUGCACGAGCAUGCCAAGGAGAUGAACGCGCUUAACGCUGCGGAGUAAGAGGAGGGGUUUGACAAGCAUGUUCUAUUAUCCCGUAAUAUCUCGUUGUAAUGAUAGCCGCCUACGUGGCGGCCAAGAUCAGAUUUCCGCCUUGAUCCCGCUUUGACGACCGAUUAAGCACAUCCCCUCGUUGAUCUCCUUAUCCCACGAAUCAGGGGUACAUACAAGAAAAGCCAAGACGGCC